CUUGUCGGGCCGCUUGUUUGGCUGCUGCCGUCACCUCAUGGCGACGCGGGUAGAGGAGGCUGCGCGGGGAAGAGGCGGCGGCGCUGAGGAGGCUGUUGAGGCCGGACGGGGCGGACGGCGACGAAGCCCGCGGCAGAAGUUUGUGAUCGGCACAAUGGAAGAAGCUGGAAUGUGCGGGCUAGGGGUGAAAGCAGAUAUGUUGCAUAACUCUCAGUCCAAUGAUGUUCUUCAGCAUCAAGACUCACACUGUGGUGGCACAAGUAACAAGCAUUCCUUGGAAGAGGAUGCACGCAGUGACUUUAUAACGAAGGGCAGGAGUUUGGUGAGCCCGGCGUACUGCACACGAGAGUCAAGGGAGGAAAUUCCGGGGCGAGAGGCUCGAACAGACCCGCCUGACGGCCAGCAGGAUUCAGAGUGCAGCAGGAACAAAGACAAAACCUUAGGAAAAGAAGUCUUAUUAUUGAUGCAAGCCCUAAACACCCUUUCAACUCCAGAAGAGAAGCUGGCAGCUCUCUGUAAGAAAUAUGCCGAUCUUCUGGAGGAGAGCAGGAACGUUCAGAAGCAAAUGAAGAUUUUGCAGAAGAAGCAAGCCCAGAUCGUGAAAGAGAAAGUUCACUUGCAGAGUGAACACAGCAAGGCUAUCUUGGCAAGAAGCAAACUCGAGUCUCUUUGCAGGGAACUUCAGCGUCACAAUAAGACGUUAAAGGAAGAAAAUAUGCAGCAGGCACGAGAGGAGGAAGAGAGACGGAAAGAAGCCACUGCGCACUUCCAAAUUACUUUGAAUGAAAUCCAGGCACAGCUAGAGCAACAUGACAUACACAACGCCAAGCUCCGCCAGGAGAACAUCGAGCUGGGAGAGAAGCUGAAGAAGCUCAUCGAGCAGUACGCACUGAGGGAGGAGCACAUUGAUAAGGUAUUCAAACAUAAGGAACUGCAGCAACAGCUUGUGGACGCCAAACUGCAGCAGACGACACAGCUGAUAAAAGAAGCUGAUGAGAAACAUCAAAGAGAGAGAGAGUUUUUAUUAAAAGAAGCAACAGAAUCAAGACACAAAUAUGAACAAAUGAAACAGCAAGAAGUACAACUAAAACAACAGCUUUCUCUUUAUAUGGAUAAGUUUGAAGAAUUCCAGACUACCAUGGCAAAAAGCAAUGAACUGUUUACAACCUUCCGCCAGGAAAUGGAAAAGAUGACAAAGAAAAUUAAAAAACUGGAAAAAGAAACAAUAAUAUGGCGGACCAAAUGGGAAAACAAUAACAAAGCACUUCUGCAAAUGGCUGAAGAGAAAACUGUCCGAGAUAAAGAGUACAAGGCCUUUCAAAUAAAACUGGAACGGCUGGAGAAGCUGUGCCGGGCCCUGCAGACGGAGAGGAAUGAGCUCAACGAGAAGGUGGAGGUGCUGAAGGAGCAGGUCUCGGGGAGGGCGGCGGGCGGGGGCCCAGCGCCACCCGGGGCCCAGCCCUGUACCAGCCUGGCUUCUCCCGAGGAGCCCGGCACCACCUGGCAAAGCGCCACCCGGGUCACCCCGGAGGCUGCGUCCCCGGGCAACGGGUCCAGCAUCGAGUCAGUUGACUGAGACCAAGUGUGAUCACUGUAUCGAGAGCUCUAUUUUGUGUAUAACUUUCUCUGUUAGUAGUCACUUGGUUUUGUGGUGAAAAUUUUCUUACUUUUUCUACCAUAUCUGUAUUUUCUUAGAACUACUGGACUAUGUGGUACAGGAGGCUGCUUGGCAGGUUUGAAUAGUUUUACUCCCUACAUUUUCUCAGCUGUGUUGCACAUCUGCCUCGUUCCCCUUCAUCGGAAUGCAUGUGCUCAUUGCCUUUUUCCUUCUCCCCUGCUCCUUGCACAGAAUUGUCCGAAUUAAAAUUUCCCUCACCAGGGCUGACCAUUACAAGGGAACUUUGUUCUGAUAAUGGUUCCUCCUCCCCCCACCCCGCCUCGCGGCUUGUGGCAUCUUAGUUCCCUGACCAGGGAUUGAACCUGGGCCCCGGCAGUGAAAGUGCCAAGUCCUAACCACCGGACAACCAGGAAAAUCCCUGAUGGUUCCUUGAUGUGAAAACAAUGUUCAGUUAAAAAUCCUGGCCCCCUCCCAUUAAUAUUACUCAAAAAAAGAAAAAUAUGAAGAUGACUAGAUUUUUGUCUAAUAGCCCAUUUAAAUGCCAAGUAAAAAUAAAAUUCUAGGUUUGGGUCAGAAACAAGCAUAGCAUAUUUGAUUCAAAUUAGCUUUUUGGUAUUUAUAUCAUUUGACACAUUGAGAUGGCCACAAGCCUAGAAUUUGUUUUGGCAGAAUAUGUACACAAAGGUGUAACUUUUAAACAAAAUAGUGUAUACAGGCAAAUCAUCGGAGAAACAGGCUUAACGUUUCCGUGACCAAAAAAUAGCCCCAUCGCUCUGUUUUCAGGUUAGAAGCAGUGUCUGAAUUUGGACCACCUGGAUGCCCACUGUGUGGGGAGCCUGGUGGUUUGUUUGGGAUUUGGGUGCACAUCCUCCACUUUCCUCUGUCUUUUGGCAGUUUAAGACAAUGAGGGUAAAAUCACGUGUAGCUUUCUUUAAGCAGAAGUCCCUCCUUCUGGCUACUUGAAAGUUGGAGUCCAACUGUUCCAACAGUCCAACCAGCACAGUUCUCCAGGGUUUUUUAAAGGGAAUUUUAAUUAUGAUCAUGCUAACUGAAAUUGAUUUCAUUUCUAAAACACAAUGACUGGAACCAGCAUUUUUCACUUUGAGAAAACUUGGCAGAGAGUUAAGUAGCUAGGAUCUGUUUACUACUUAUGCUUUCAGUCUGUUUCUCACCCUUUUCUUAGCUCUUUUAUGUUUUUUCAAGAAAAAAACAAACCAGUAUUAUCAAGGUGUCUACACUUGGAAUGGGGGACUCUGGAAACGCAGCACAUCACUUUUGGAUUUGCCCUUUAACUUCCUUUGUUCUUCACAAUGUUGAAUGUGGUCGAGUUUAUACACAUCAUUAACCAGGCUGCACUGACAAGUUUUGAUUUUGUCCCUGGUAUAAUUUGCGUUGAAAUAUUUUAUGAAAUAAAAAGGCUCUACUAGAACUGAUGUUAGCACAUUCCACUGAGCAAAACUAUCAAACCGACACUUCUUGAAUUGCUUACUGGACUGAAUAAACUCUUCUGUCCAGUUAAAAGGGUUUUUCUCUUUGUUAAAGUUUUAUUUGUCCUGUCACAUCUGUGGUCUAAACUGGGUUCAAAGAAUUGAAAAUUGUCCGAUAGAUAGGCAGCGGCACCUGGAGUGGAGGAUUGUAUCUAAGCUUCCACCAUUGGUUACGUUAAUCAAAGGGCCAGACAGUGGAGGAAAAGAAACCCACAAAGUUGGUUAUCUAUUUACCGUCAAAAUGAGUUGGAAGCAAAAACAAACACAUCCUCCUCCAACAGCCAGCCUUUUAUAAAUAUCCCCUUCGACUACUAAAUGAAAUAUUGGACUCAUUUCCUCAAGAGAAAAUGGAGGUAUGUAUCAGAAAUAUACUCUACUGUAAAAUUAGUACUAAUGAUCCCAUUUCACAAGCGCUCUGCUGGAUGUACAGCUCUUACCGUCUUAAGCCAUUUGUGUAGCCUGCCACGUUUCUUUGUGGUGCUUGUCCUGUGUGGAAGAUUGUAAAGCUCGAACCUGUUGCAUAUUUUCAAGGGCUUUAUAAAGCGACGUGAUUAACAGUACUUGGCCUGCUGCUUUUGGCUUACUAUGUAUUUUUAGCUAGAUGCUCUCAUGGUGUUUAAAGGACAUGGAUUCUGUCUGGGGUGCAUUUGGUAUCCUUUCAGAAUCUCUUUCCUCCCAUUACCCUGUGAAUAAAUACAAAUGGGACCCUCCGAGAAGGACAUGCUCCUUAAGCAAUCACUUCACCAGCCCAGUGUUGUGGCUUUGUAGCACGCCCCGUUUCUACCACAUGCUAGAACACUGUAAUGCUACUAAGGCUGGCCCAGGAAAGACUGAAAUGUCAAAUUUGCUUCAACUGCAUUUGUUACACCAUCAUGGAAUCUUGAUGUGUAUUAUUUAUAGUGGCAGGAGACGCCAAGGAGUAGAGAAAACUUGGGUCUUGUAUAAUGGAUCAUUUCAUCCUCAGACUUGUAGGAGUACAUUUCUUGGUCUUGAGACCAGUGUUUUUUAGUUAUGUAUGCAACUGCCUUUAU